AUGUUUGCUUACCACCCUAGCAACGCCGGUGGUGCCGUUCCUUCAAAUCUCACUCCUUCCAAUGCUGUCCCUUCUAAUGCUCGAGCCCAGAUUAACCGCUCUCAGGCGCUUGGAGUGGUCGAUGGAUUUCUUGCUGGUAUGAGAUAUUUCGAUGUAACGGAGUCCCUCAAGGCCAGUGAGCUUGGUGACAGUCUUCCCGAACCAGAGUGUUUCUCAAAGGCGACGACCCCUCUGCCCCCCGAUCCCCAAUCGGCCGACCAGAUAGCCUUUUCCUCUAUUCGAGACGUUCGAGAUGGCAUAAAAUCCGGCUGGAAGCAUUUCGACAAGGUGUCGCAGAGCCUUGACGAGCAAAUCAUCACCAGACUUCGCGAGACCUACCAUGAUGCUAAAAGCCUUCGAGAAGCUGGUGUCUUCGCCUUCCGAGACAUCCUGACAGGCGAUGCCCGCAAGAACAUUGAAACAUUCUUUGCGUUUUGCAGCCUUUCGCAUGUCAUGGCCGGUCUACUGCAUACAAGGGGCAGACUCGACAAGACAGAAAUCUUGGCCGGCCUCCCUGUCUGGUUGGAUGCCCUGGAGGAUCAAGAGGAUCAAGAGGCAUUCCAGAAGCUUGCCCAAAACCUCUGGCCUGAAGCCAACACUCACUCUUUUGAGCUGAACACUCCAGUGGCCAUGCUUCCAGACAGCCUCCUCGCCUCCGCUUCAAUUCCCAGCAUUGGUCUGUUGAGCGCUGUGCCCUUCGUCCCGCCCAGCGUCCCAAAGCGACGCAGCGACGCCCUCGGUGCUGUCUUGGCUUAUAUGGACAAUCCAGCGGGACUCCACGCCACGAAGAUCUUUGACGCCGUGGUCCAGUACUGCAGCGAUAACGGAGACUUCUGGUACGACCUGUCCGGGCGAGGCAUCAUAUCGAAAGACAAUGGGUCGCGCCUCGACUGGAACGGGUGGCGCGCCGGAGAGAAGAAGUCCAUCCAAGAGCAAUACCUUGCACGCCUACUGUUGGAAAAGGACAAACGAGACAUGACGUCUCGCGGGAUAGUGUCCGUGGUCGAGGGAUUCGUCGAUAUGGGGUAUUUGCAGAGCACUGACGAAACCAGGCGCUACAUGGCGCAUAUAGCCAGCAAAGCUGUUCUCAUGCCCUACCUGCCCAAAGGUAUUCCCUCGAAAGUGGAACAUGGACCGACAUAG